AUGGCAGCAUGGGAGCUGGUGGCUGAACAGACUCACCGGAGCCGUCAACAGACACGAGGAGAUGCUGGCCAGGCUCACCAGAACCCCCAGCUGAUGUGGCGUGAUGCUGGCGCGGUUCUCCUGAACCCCCAGUGGGAACAGAAGGCAACUGGACGGGCCCCUCAGACCCUCCGGCAGAGGCAGAAACAGGACCAGCAGGUACGAAGACCUCUGGUAGAGAUGGCUCUGCCCAGGCAGUUACAGCAGGAUGAAGUCCUCAGCUGGCCAAAUGAACUCACUAUAGCUUCCAGCAGAGGACGGCUGCUGAGACAGCCCAGUAAAGCUCUCAGGAAAAACAGGUUGCACUGGCUUCUUCGUCUCCAGGGUCCAGAGUCACCUAGAGCUGAACCUCAGCCUCUGGAGAGGCCCUGGAGAGAUCUGAGGAUGUGGCCGCAGCGUUUCUCCCUCAUUCUGAGUGCGAUCGUCUCAGGUUCUGUCUCAGCUGGAUGGAAGCUGACCGUCUCUCCAGGGGUCAGAGUCUCCAGAGGGGAAGAUGCUGUCCUCGGCUGCUUCUUCACCCCCACACGGGAUUAUUCAGGAAUGAUCAAGGUCACAUGGAAGUUCACAGCAUCAAACACUCCUCCGUUCUUGGACUGUCCAGUAAAAAAUUAUUCCAUGCAUGGAGCCAAUCCCUGUGCAUUUUCCGAUUUAAAACAUUCCCUGAAAGGAGACCCUCGAUGGGGGAAUGGGUCGCUCCUCAUCAGGGAUGUACAGGUGACUGAUAACGGCACGUACUUCUGCAGAGUGGAGCUCGACGGGUGGAAGAACUUUAAGGAAGCAAAGACAAAGCUUUAUGUUGGAGCUGAGCCUCACAUCCUGAACCUCUCUGUGGUGGAGAUGCCCUGUGGCUCAGACAGCGCCCCCCGGAGGCUGCAGUGUCAAGCUGAAGGUAACCCGCCGCCUAAGAUUGUGUGGCUGUUGGCCUCCAGACGCAUGUUAGAGAACAAGGGUGAGUCCUCACAGUCCAGCCCGUACCAUGUGACCAGCUGUGUGCCGUACCUGGAGGAGGAGGAGCUCACCUGCAGGGCGGAGAGUGCACUAAACCACACGGAGAGGACGUAUCCAACCAGAGAGCCUCAGGAUCAGAGUGAAGAGAGUGAAGAGAGCGACUCUCUGAAGAUCCCUCUGAUCGUGUGUGCUGUCAUCGCUCUCCUGAUCCUGAUCGCAGGAAUCGUCUUUUACUGCCUGAGGCGCGAUCAUCCACAGCAGGUCUCACAGUCUGCAGCUCAUGAAGAAGAAUUUCAGGCAUUUUAUUCAGUGGCUGCGACGCCCGACUCCACUUCCUUGGAAAAUCAUGGUCAGCGGGUCUCAGCCUGUCCAGCUGAACGAGAGCAGCAGAUGGUUUACUCAGUGGUCACCGUGCACGAACCCGCCUCCUUGGAAAAUCAUCACCGGCAGGUCUCAGCAGGAAGAGAAGAGGAGCUUCAGGAGGUUUAUUCAGAGGCCAUUUCUAUAUCCUGCGACUUGUACUCUCCAAUGAACAUCCACGACUGAGCGAGGAACAGCAGAAAAAGUCAGACUUGCCAAACAACCUGAAUUUUGAAAGUCACACCUCGACGUUCGUCCAGACUUGGAAACAUCACGAAGCUGUUCUGUUGCUCAGCAACGUGGAGCUUUUAAUUCAGACAUUGUCUCCAGCCUCCGUCAUUGUCGCUCACGCUUCACCUGGUCCAGCUCCACCGCUCAAACUACCCAACACUCGCACGCCGCUCCUGUUCUUGCUCCCCAUCGCCUGCUUUCAGCUAACCUACUGUUACUCGCCUCGCAGCUGAUGCCUCGCAGGUGAUGCCUCGCAGGUGAACCCUGUUAGAUGUGGCAGAUUCGUGUCU